GCGCGCGGGGUGGGCGGGGCAGAGGUGGGUGUGUGGCUCAGCUGAUCCACGCAGCCUCCGCGACUACCGCCGAGAGAGAAGGAGAUACGCGAUAAGAGACACGGUUCGGCUGCACCUCCGCCUCCCCCCGGCCCUCACGACCACCGGGGAGAGAGCUGCGAGCGCGGGGGAGAGGGGGAGAGCGGGAGCCGGAGGAGAGGCGCCUCUCUGCGGCAUCUCUCUCAGCCUGACGCCGCGCCUGGCUCUUGCUGCCGCUGCUGUAAACAUGUAAGUGCCCACUACUAGCUGGUGGUACCACCCUGGCUCCAAUGGCCCACAUGACGGCUUGUGGCGCUGAGUGAGAAGCUGGGUUCAGGCUCCUCACAAUGGGCAGCGUAGGCAGUGGUGUGGCUGGUGAACAAGAGUUUGCCAUGAAGAGUGUGGGCACUCGUACCACCCUCCCCCGUGGCCCGCCACUGUCACGCCGAGGCCCCGCAGAGCGUAGCUUCAGUGCCGAACGUCUGCCUCCGCCACCCUCCACCUCUGAGGGCACAGGCUCCAGCGACGAGAGGGGGGGCAGCAGCAUCACCACGGACCGGCCCCAGCUCACAGGCUGUGAGUCCACCACCAUCUCCUCUAACCUAGAGAGAGUUCCCUCUGUCGGUGAGCGGCUGGAGGCCAGCGGGGGAGUGAGCCGCAGGGAAGGUCCCAGGGGGGCGGGGGGCAUGGGCAUGGACACCUGUGGGACUGGGAUGGGGCAUGCUGGUGAGAGACACAAUGAUGGCAUGGCUCCUGUGAAGAUUAGAGAGGGGAAUGCUGCAAAGACAGAUGGUCGCACACCGCCCAAGAUUAUGACCAUGUCUGGGAAACUUGAACAGGACAAUUCUGGAUUGGUGCGGCCGUCUGCCUUCAAACCCGUAGUGCCAAAGAGCUUUCACUCAAUGCAGAACCUGGUUGGACAUGCUGGAAGUGGAGGGGGUGCUGGAGGUCGGUCUGCUGGAGGUACUGGAGGUUCUGAUGCUCCCCAGUCACUUAUAGAGCAGGAGAGUCCAGAGAGGGAACGGGCUGGAGGGAACGGAGGCCAGGGAGGCAUGUCUGAUUCUGGGAGGAACUCGCUCACCUCUCUGCCCACUUACACAGGACCUGGCUCGGCUUACGGCCCUCCUCCUGCCCUCGGCCCCCUUAGUGCAUCAACCAGCCAUAUCAACAGACUGGGCACUGCUGCUGCCCCGCUAGACAAACUGGACAAGCCUAGCUACCAGAACGGUCUGAGCAUUUCUGACAGUGGACGCUCAUCUUCUGGAAAGAGCUGUUUGUCUUAUCAGAGACUUUGUCACAUGGGGGAAAGGCCUGCUGCCGUUCGUCCUUCCCCCUCCUCAGAUGACAUAAUACAAGACUUGGAGGAUCGACUGUGGGAAAAAGAGCAGGAGGUCCUCCACAUGCGCCGCAACCUGGACCAGAGUGAGGCAGCCAUUGUGCAGGUGUUUGAGGAGAAGCAGCGAGUGUGGGAGCGCGAGAUGGAAGAGCUGAGGCAGAACUACGCUGGGCGACUGCAGCAGGUGACCCGGCGAGCGCAGCGCUCUCAGCAAGCCCUGCAGGCACAGAUCACCCGGCUGCAGCAGGACAAGAACAGGCUCCAGGAUGAGAUUGGUGCCCUGCUGGCCCAGCGAGAAGAGCUGGAGAGAAAGUGCCUGGACUACCGCAAGGAGCAGGCUGACAUCCUGCCCCGGCUGGAGGAAACCAAAUGGGAGGUGUGUCAGAAGGUGGGCGAGAUCUCCCUGCUGAAGCAGCAAUUGAGGGACAGUCAGAACGAGGUGACCCAGCGAGCAGGAGAGAUGGUGGCCCUGAGGGGCCAACUCAAAGAGCUCAAUGCCCAGCUGAAGGAGAGGGAAGAAGCUAUGCUUGGAUUAAAGGACUCCUAUAACAGAAAGAGUCGUGAGUUGGAGAGGUGUGAGGGAGAGCUCAAAAAGACACUGGCUGAGGUCUCGAUACUACGGGACAAGCUAGUGGUGUUUGAGGCUGAAGUCCUGGGCCUGAAACGAGCUCUGGGUGAACUGAGUUACACCAGUGACCACUCGGUGGGCAGUCUGGGCAGCAGCCUCAGCGGCAGCAGCAGUCUGCCCUGGGGCGGCCUGCACUCGCCCCGCACUCCUGAGGGCCUAACACCACUGUCCCCCCUCAGUCCUGUGGUAGACACCUUGCUGAGCCUUCAGAGUGAUGAAGCCAAGGCGCAGAGACAGGAAGCAGGCGAGCUGCGGCAGCAACUGGAGCGAAUGCAGAGCGAGUUGCGGCUGGAGCGGCAGCAGCGCGAGCGCCAGGCUUUCACAUUCGCCCAGGAGCGUCACACCUGGCAGGAUGAGAAGGACCGUGUGCUGAAGUACCAGGCCCAGCUGCAGCUCAGCUACGUGGAGACAUUGCAGAGGAACCAGGCUUUGGAGGAACGCGUUGGACAGCUGGGAGCCAAACUGACCACCACUCCCAGUUCACCACCUCCGAGCAGCCUGCCAGUCCACGUCCCGGUCACAGUUACUCUCACCCCGGCUGCGGAUGACUCCAAGACGGCCUCCUUCAAUCAGCUGACUCCGCCGUGGCCUGGACCUACUCGCCUGGAGAGAAUUGAGUCUACUGAGAUUUAGCGUCCCCGCUGCAUAUCGACUUGAUACAGAGACAAUCGACUUUCAUUCAACUUAUGUUGCUGAAAACGGUUUGUUUAAAUGUGUACCACUUACAGUCCCAAAUAUUCACAAAGGGGCCCAACCGAGGAGACUUGCUUAGGGAACAAAGAACAUGCAGUUAUAAAUCAAUGUGCUGGAAAGAUAAAGGACUCAAAAGUCUUAUGUCCUACAUACACACGCGUGCACACACACAAAAACACACUGACAUCCUCUAAAUAUCUAACUCAAGGGAUUGAGGUCAUUAGGAAACAAAAUGGGAAAGAAAGUAUAAAGGUCUGAAAAAUAUCUACCAGGGGUCUUUGUAUAAAUUUAAGGGUGUACUCACACUAGGUAAUCCGUACUGUGCCCAAACAUGUUUCCUCCACAAAGCCUGGUUCUUUGGACUAGUACAAUGAACCGUGCCUGGGCCUGCUUGAAGACCUGAAGAAGUGUGCUCACUAACUGUGCCCAAGCAUGGAAUGUUUAUAUGACAUCAGUGAUGCUGCCUCUUUUAUAACGUGCAGCACAAUUAACCGAACAUUCUUGUGUUGCACAAUCAACAAAGGAAAAAUCUAAUUAAAUACAAUCUGCAUCAGCUGUCUGAUCUGAAUUGUGCCUGUUUAUUCUUUUUUUUAUAAAUAAAACAGGAAAAACAUGAGAGAAGAACAAAGCAAUGGAUGGGAUGGUAAUCCAUCAAUAGUUUAUCCAGGGAGGAUUAUUGUUUUUAGUAGUAACAGUAAUAGGAGUGGUAUUGUUUUUAUUUAUUUAUUAGUUUAUAAUUUAUUUAUUAUAGUAGGACCAAGAACAGACAUUAAGUCAAAAGAGGAGUCAGAAGAGUAUUUGUAAUGGGAUACACAUACACUUAAAAAAAGCUGGGUAUAAGUUUAUUAAAGUUUAUUAAGUUUAUAAAUUAGAAAUGGUAGUAGUUCUAGCUGCAUUUCUGUUCUUGUUAUAUGAAAUUAGUUCAAUAUUAAAUCUGCCAUCAUUUAUCGUCUUUAUCGUACUUAGGUUCCGAUCAUAAGUGGCCAGUGCAUAGUACAGGUGGAAAUGAUAUGUGAGAUCUGACCACAAGCUGUCACAGGAGAUGCAUUUAAAAUGCUUGGUGUGAACAACUUUUCAUAUCACCCAGGAUGUGAUGCCACAUGUGAACAAGGAAGAUGUUUAGUUUAAUGUGGUUGAAGGGGCCACCAUCUUUCUGUGUAAAAUUCUGUGCAUACGCAGUCUGAUUUAGGCAAUUGAUGCAGAUUGUUUUCUUAAACACAUAAAUCAUCUUUGUGAGAAUGUAAGCAUGCUUGGACACGGAAUGUUAAGCAUGAUAGAUGUGAAAAGGCGAAGCUGCUUCCUGGGUGGGCCAUUGAAGGCUGUUCCAAAGUGAAAGAUUCUGUGUGUACAGCAAAGAAAUGUAGCCAAUAUUUGGAAUUAUAUGAAGGAUGCAACUGAUGUAUCCUUCGAAACCUUGAUUGUGGGCAUUAGAAAAUGGAGAAAAGACUAGUGCAGAGUUUAUUUAAAAAUAUUUGUGAAUUAUUUAUGAAUUAUUUCUGUAAAGAAAUGAAAAAGCACACAAGUUUCUGACCUUAGUGUCAUCACAUGAUGCUCGUGCAUGAUGUCACUACAAAGCCUUGUUACACUGACCAAAAGGCUUUUGAGACUCCUACCACGACUACACUUUGGAAUGCAGCUACUCUGAGGGGCAAUUGUGCUCGGGCACAGUACAAGGCCACCAGUAUGGCCUAGUAUGGGUACACCCUAAGAUGGAGAAUGUUGUUUUAAAGGGAUCUACAAUCAGCUUAGAGUGUUCCAAUUAGAGGAAAGGCACAGGCGUGUUUCAGUCAUGUUUCAGGGAUACUGGGGAACCUGGUUCUCCAUCACUGCACAAAAACUUGCAGUGACUAAAAAUUGAUCACAAAGGGAUCUAAGGUUUAUCAACAAAGAAUCUUUAAACAGAUCCCACUCGCAAACAGAAGUACUUGAAAAAAAUAUAUAGUUUUUCUUUAGUUUUUUUAAGUUAGAAAAUGGGGAGACCUAAAACCAACUUCUAAACUGACCUAAACUUGCUUUAAUUUAUUCUUAAACUUGAGUUCCUUUGUAGACCAGGAUUAGGAGAGUGAAUAUGGUUAGACAGUAAGCAAAGAGAGCUGAAAGAGCCGAAAGUCCAGGUAAUGAACAUUGCUCUCUCAAAGAAAGGACAAAGACAGACUUGCUGCUAUGUACUAGUGUGAUGUUCUGCUGUGUUAUUGGAAGACUGGCUAUGGAUUUGGGUGUUGAUCAUCGCUAUUUAUGUAAACAUGUUAAUAUACCAAGAUACUCCGUGUGAAUAUUUUGAAAAAGAUGAUUAUUAUUAUUACUAUUAAUUAUUGUGAACCAAUGAAGCAGACAAGUCGACAUUACUUUCUCAAACAUGGUACACAUAGGCCUACCAUUUUAUCUCUUAUAUGAUACAAUGCAACAACCAUAUCCAAACCCAUGUUCCUUUUGAUGUUGUUGUAAUUAUGGUAUUGUUUUAGAGCGCAAAUGCUAACUAUGUUUUUAUACUCAUUUUUAUUGUUUGUAUUUAUGUUAGUGUAAUGGCUUGAUGAAGAGCAUACCCAAGCAGAAUCAGAAAUAAAGACACAAGUCUUUUUG